CACCUCAUCCAACCACACUCACCGCGCACAGAUGUCUUCAGCCGCCUAAUCGUCAACAACACCCUCUCCACCGACUUCCAAUACAUCCGCGACAUCCUCGGCGUCAGCGGCACCACCCUCUGGUCGAAAUCCUACCCCAUCUACUCCCCCUCCGACCCCGAUCUCAUCUGCGGGCGCUCCACCUUCCCCCUCCGCAAUCCCGGCAUACAAACCGCUGUGAUCCGCGCCGGCGACGAUGUGAGUUUCAUGCUCUCGACCCCCGAGAUAAAAGGCGAGCCCCAGGGCUACAUCUUCCACAACGGGCCGGGACAGGUCUUCUUGUCGAGGCUUCCGGACGGGGUGAGGGAGCUGGGUGAGUACGAUGGCGCAGGGGAUUGGUUCAAGAUUGCGUAUCAGGGG